AGGCACCUGCAAAGGAGCCCCACCGCUCUGCCGACGAGCUACCCCCGCGAGAGACGGCCUCGUGAUUCCCCUGCCGAGCGGUCCCCGCCUCCCCACUCCGCCCCCGCCUCCCCCGAAGCCUACCAGCUGCCUCUGCCCACCGCUCUCUUCUCCUCCCGGCGCUCGCGUGCGGGACCGUGCUGGCGAGGGCCGGGCGGCAGCUGGAGUUGACGCCGGGAAGAUUACGCCUGUGGCAGGGCCCGGGCCGAGCGGAUCUCUGCGCGCUGCGCAGAGGAGCGGCUGGAGCGCCCGGCUUGCUGUUGCCUAUCCCAGUCUGUUCCUGCGCCCGACUCGCCGAGGACCCCGGACAGCAGAGGCCCCGGGACAACCAAACUGAUGGCGUCUUCGACCCCUUCCUCGUCCGCAACCUCCUCGAAUGCGGGAGCGGACCCCAAUACUACCAACCUGCGCCCCACAACGUACGACACCUGGUGCGGCGUGGCCCAUGGAUGCACCAGAAAGCUGGGGCUCAAGAUCUGCGGCUUCUUGCAAAGGACCAAUAGCUUGGAAGAGAAGAGCCGGCUUGUGAGCGCCUUCAAGGAGAGGCAGUCCUCCAAGAACCUGCUUUCCUGUGAAAACAGUGACAGGGAUGGCCGUUUCCGGCGCACGGAGACCGACUUCUCCAACCUGUUUGCUCGAGAUCUGCUUCCGGCUAAGAAUGGGGAGGAGCAAACUGUGCAGUUCCUACUGGAAGUGGUAGACAUACUCCUCAACUAUGUCCGUAAGACAUUCGACCGGUCCACCAAGGUGCUGGACUUCCAUCACCCACACCAGCUGCUGGAAGGCAUGGAGGGCUUCAACUUAGAGCUGUCGGACCACCCCGAGUCCCUGGAGCAGAUCUUGGUUGACUGCAGAGACACCCUGAAGUAUGGGGUCCGUACAGGUCAUCCUCGAUUUUUCAACCAGCUCUCCACUGGAUUGGAUAUCAUUGGUUUAGCUGGUGAAUGGCUGACAUCAACUGCUAAUACCAAUAUGUUUACAUAUGAAAUUGCACCAGUAUUUGUCCUCAUGGAGCAAAUAACACUUAAGAAGAUGAGAGAGAUAAUUGGGUGGUCAAGUAAAGACGGUGAUGGAAUAUUUUCUCCUGGGGGAGCUAUCUCCAACAUGUACAGCAUCAUGGCCGCUCGCUACAAGUUCUUCCCGGAAGUUAAGACAAAGGGCAUGGCAGCCGUUCCCAGAUUGGUCCUCUUCACCUCAGAACAUAGUCACUAUUCCAUCAAGAAGGCUGGAGCUGCACUUGGCUUUGGAACCGACAACGUGAUUUUGAUAAAAUGCAAUGAAAGGGGGAAGAUAAUUCCAGCUGAUCUAGAGGCAAAAAUUCUUGAUGCCAAGCAAAAGGGGUUUAUUCCUCUUUAUGUCAACGCAACUGCCGGCACGACGGUGUACGGAGCUUUUGACCCCAUACAGGAGAUUGCGGAUAUAUGUGAGAAAUACAACCUAUGGCUCCACGUCGACGCUGCCUGGGGCGGCGGGCUGCUCAUGUCCAGGAAGCACCGCCACAAACUCAGUGGCAUAGAAAGGGCCAACUCAGUCACCUGGAACCCUCACAAGAUGAUGGGCGUGCUCCUGCAGUGCUCUGCCAUUCUUGUCAAGGAAAAGGGUAUACUCCAAGGAUGCAACCAGAUGUGUGCCGGCUACCUUUUCCAGCCAGACAAGCAGUAUGAUGUCUCCUAUGACACCGGGGACAAGGCGAUCCAGUGUGGCCGCCACGUGGACAUUUUUAAGUUCUGGCUGAUGUGGAAAGCAAAGGGCACAGUGGGAUUUGAAAAUCAGAUCAACAAAUGCUUAGAACUGGCGGAAUACCUCUAUGCCAAGAUUAAAAACAGAGAAGAAUUUGAGAUGGUUUUUGAUGGGGAGCCUGAGCAUACAAACGUCUGUUUCUGGUAUAUUCCACAAAGCCUCAGGGGCAUUCCGGAUAGCCCUGAACGACGGGAAAAACUACACAGGGUUGCUCCCAAAAUCAAAGCACUGAUGAUGGAGUCUGGCACGACCAUGGUUGGCUACCAGCCUCAGGGGGACAAGGCCAACUUUUUCCGGAUGGUCAUCUCGAACCCAGCUGCAACACAGUCUGAUAUUGACUUCCUCAUUGAGGAGAUAGAAAGACUGGGCCAGGAUCUGUAACUGCCCGCCACAGAACACGAGUUUAUGGGGAUUCCCUUUCCUUCUGGCUCUCUAGAACCACCUCUGUAAAUGGCUAAACCACAUAGGCUAUUUCACUGAGGGAAAAAUAUAAUAUCUCAAGAAAUAUUGUUUAAAAACUUAAGCUUGUUAGAGUUCGUAGGAAAUACUAUUCUUUUUAAAAAGUUGCCCACUAGGAACACAGUAUAUAUGUACAGUUAUAUAUACCUCUCUCUCUAUAUGUUUAUGUAUGUGUCGUGAGUGUGGCUUGUGACAGAUCACAGCAUGUCUCCCACUCCCAGAGAAUUAACUUUCCCUUCAGCAGUUAUCGAUGGGCCAAACAUGCUGCAAACCAGCUUGCCCAAGAAUCCCAGGAAAGAUGUUUUUCAAGAUGUUGUGUCAUAGGGACCAAGGGACAUACUGUUGGUGAGAGUUGACCUCAUUAUCAGUGUUUCUCCUACCUGAGGUGAUGAUGAAUGAGACAAAGUACCAGUAGAUGACAAGAGUCACACCCUCUCCAUUAGUAUCCUGGUUGGGGAAAAUCGUAGCCGAGUCAUUGUUACAGGUGUGCUGUUGUUGUAUUUUUAAGGACUAAUUUGUGUAGAUUGUGUAUAUUUCUGUUGUCUGACCUUUGGGGGGUAGGGGAAGAACACAUGUAAUGAUUUCAAUGAACUGUUUAAAUUGUAGGUAAAUGAGAUAAUUGCUUAUUUAUAUUCAGAGAUUUACCAUGCUAAAGAGACGUCUUGUAUUUUCUUCCCAUUUGUAAUGUAUCUUAUUUAUAUAUCAAUGCAGUAAGUUCAGGAAACUGUUUAUGGUAUUUACGUGCAUUUGUGAGCCAAAGAAAAAAGAUUAAAAUUAGUGAGACUUGUAUUUAUAUUAGAGUGCUCUUAAAAGAUCGAAGCAUAAGUUUGCUGCCUGAAAGAGAAUUCUGAUACUGUACAUAGAAUCAUCUAUAUGGAAAUCCCAUGACUUCAAUAACAUCUGCUCUUCUA